AUCCUUGUCAGUGGCACACGCACGGAAAAUAGUCAUCUCUUUCUAAUCCUUAACUUCAAGUUUUAGGUUAGGAUAACUGUCUCUUGGCAAUAAAGUUGUAAAAUUAAGAAAAACAUGAGUAGCAAUUACAACAUAGAAUGGAAAACAUGCACAGACGAGCACUUUUCUGCAAAAACAAAAGGACUCAGUGGGGUCAAGACCACCGAUCACCCCCUUAAAACGGCAAUUGUGACUGAGCGCGUUCCACGUCGGAUUUUGGGGUCGCAGCCCAGCACCGGUCGCACGACCCCCGUGUCCACCCCCUCUGUGAUUUUGGAGCCUUUGAGUAUGGCCCUUGAAGGGGUUGACCCCUUGACGGCCUUCGCAAUCGAGGAAAUGGACCCUUUGACAAAACUUGCAGCACAAGAGAGCAGGGACAAGGUUGAUUCAAGUCAAGAUAAGAAAUUAUCGGAUUAUAAGUGCGAAGUCGACGCGUGGGCUAUGAAAAAAGCGUCGAUUUUGUCCAAAUAUACAACGUCCGAGAAGAUUUCAAUUGUUACAAGUUUUCUGUCAGAUGGGGAUAAAGUUGUCGUCAAGGCGCAAAGUACUGCUGUUGAUAAAAUGCAACACAGGCUUGAACAGCUGGAUUACAUAGAAGAGGGGUCACAAACCAGGCUUGAUCUGUCACAAACUGAGUAUGUGAACAGGAUUGAACAACUCAACCGGGAACUUGUCUCAGCUUGGAAUUCGGAACAAAGGGUCAAAGCAUUAAAAAUUGCAAUACAGUGUGCUAAACUAUUAUCAGAUACUAGCGUUUUGACGUUUUAUCCUAGCAAAUUUGUACUCAUUACGGAUAUUUUGGACGUUUUUGGACAAUUGGUUUACAAUAGAUUGAGUACGAAAACAGAUUCACACAAGUUGGGUUCAAAAACGAAAUUACCGGAGGAUUUCACCCCUGAAAUGGUCUCAGAUUCGGCAAAAGAAACAUGUUUGAACUGGUUUUACAAAAUCGCAUCGAUUCGCGAACUAGUCCCGAGGCUAUACGUCGAGAUGGCGCUCAUGAAGUCGUACUAUUUCCUCUCCCUGAGUGAGUGCCAAGAGGCUUUAAGGCGCCUCACACAUAUGAUUAACGGCAUUGGCAACCCUCUUGUGGCGGUUUACGCCCGUUGUUACCUUUGUAGAGUCGGUUGCAGUUUGUCCAACCGUAUAAAAAACAAGGAAUAUCUCUUACAAAAUUUCCACCGGUUUUUGCAAAACUACCAACACUUGUUUAGUCGCAGCGUUAAGGGCGAAUUAGCCCAACAGAAAGUCUCACAAUCGGUUUACAUGUCUUUGUUCACCCCGGCCCUUGAUUAUAUGCUGCAAACAGUGGCGUGCGACAAUUCCGAUGCACUCUUGAACGAGCUCCUCGAGAGGUGCAAAGUGCACGGGAAUAGUUCGUUGAUUCUUAACACGGUCAUGUCGGCCUUCAAGCCGCAUUUAAUAUCAGCCCGAACUUUGCAAUUUUUGGAAAUGAUCGAGCAUUGCUUAGAUCAGGGAAUUCCCCUACAUUCCCUUUUAAGAACGUUGGGAUUGUGUGUGAGUGUGGCGCCCCCUCCGUUGGAACAUCGAAGACAGAUUUUAAGCACGGCUUGGAAACACAUAACGGGCUUAAAACAAGUCGAGGAGUAUAUAGCAUGCGCUGAGCCUUGGGUACUUUACGUUGUCAAAUACUUCUCGCAUCGCGAAUUAAACACUAUACUGGGCGACAUAAUCGACCACAUAGCGCCGGAUCGUAGCUACGAACAAUAUUACAAUCAACUAAAAAACGUUGUUGAGAACAUAGUUUUAAAUAUCCAAGAUUUUGAGGCCCUCCUUGUCAUGGACAAUUUCCUGCCGCUGAUCGACUUGUUCCAGCAAGAAUCAAUAAGGGUGGAAGUGUGCAAAAAAGUGCUAAGUGGAAGCAACAGCAACCUUAUUUUUGUCAACGACGCGGUCGUUGUCAACGCCCUCAUGUUCCUCUGUACUGUUCUACACGACUCUGUUAACGCGCUAACCCCCGAAGAUGAGUACCGACAAAUUGGCGACAUUUUAUGCCAUGUGAUCAAAACAAUUGACUACGGACGUGACUUUGAACAACAAUUGACAUUCUACGUUGAGGCUCGUGCCAGUUUUUCCAAUAUUGACAUAGUUUUCGUGCAAUUGGUACAAUGUGUUAACGCCCUAUCUGUCAAAACACGCCAAAUCGUCAAAGGGCUACACACGAGAAAAACAGGCGAUUUCGUGCGCGCAUGCGCCGCUUAUUGCUUCAUUACUGUACCUUCCAUCAAGUCGGCCAAGCACCGCUUGCGGUUGUACCUGCUUUCGGGACAGGUGGCGCUGUUUAACCAUUGUUUGGGCCAAGCGGAUGCGUGUUUCAAGGCCGCCUUGACCACUAUUUCGGAGAUACAAAAUGACAAAACGCAAUUUCCCGAAAGCGAACUCAUUCCGUACGUUAAACAGUUUUUGUCGAUUUUGUUGGUAGUGCCCGAUAAUCCCGACUGUAGUGUUCUUAACUUGACGAGGGCGCUUUUGAAUGUGCUACAAGGGUACAGUUGGGAGUCGAAUAUUUCGCUCAUUUCGAUUUAUUUGAGUGUCAUUGACAUGUUGAGUGUGAUGGCGCAAGAGUGGUACCCCUACCACAUCGAUAAAGUUGAAUCAAACGAUUCUUUGUACGGUUCUGAUAAGAAAUUUAUCGCCGAAAUUAAUAAAAUCUGUUCAGUUGUGACCAACGAAUUGAUGAGUAAAUUACAGUCGUUGGGACCGUGCACCAAACAGUCGACUUUUGCCAUCGAAUUGUUCGUAAAGUUGGCCGUGAGGAACGACCUGACUAAUCAAAUGCUAGUUCUGGCGCUAAAUUUAUGGAACUUAGCCAAACGUGACAACACUUUGGACACGAAAUAUCUGAUCAGAACAAAAAAUUACGUAAAAAAACGAACGUUCGCAUGCAAUAACACACUGUUACAAGAACUAGUAAAUAAAAUGGAAUGAGGCAGAUCUUUAAGUUUUAUAAAAAUAAAUAUUUGAGAUUA